AUGUAUCGUUUAUGGUUCCUGUUGAGGUUAUGCCUGGUGAUUUCAUCCUGUAGCUUAACGAUAGGGCAAGGUGUCAUCACACCCAGAUAUGCCAUAUUACAAAGAACACAUUAUGAAUGGUUGCCACAAAUAUCAGAAUAUGACAUGGACCGGGCAUUUGUCGUUGCGGACCACGUCAUCAAAGCGAAAAGGGCGCACGAAGCCAAGAUUUUCAAAGGAGGUCGGCUGAUGAAACCUGGAGCCUAUCCAUCUUCUUCAAGGCAUCAACACUUAUUAGCUCCCAAUACAAAAGCUUCGAAGAUGGAACGAGCAACAGAAAAAUUCGAAGAAGCAACAAACGUGAUUAAGGACAUGUUCAGUUUAACAAAAGAGCAAGUUACGCUAGCUCUUCCUCACGAAGACUUAAAAGGGCGUGAGGCUCUUAGGGCAGCUGAGACAUGCCACGAACAUUUCCAAACAAGUGGCUGCCAUGAUUCCAAAUACAGAACCAUCGAUGGGAGCUGCAAUAAUUUGCAUAAUCCUACUUGGGGUAAAGCAGCUACCUGUUUGCAACGUCUAUUGCCUCCCGACUAUGCAGAUGGUAUUUCGGUGCCUCGAAUGUCCAAGGCUGGGAAACCCUUGCCGCCUCCAAGAGUGAUAUCUUUGUACAUCCAUCGCCACCUGGAUCGCCCCGCCCCCGAUUUUACUCACUUGCUGAUGGCCUUUGGUCAGUUCGUCGAUCACGAUAUUACGUUAACUCCAAUCACUGGUAUGCCGGCCGGUGGAGCGCAGAUGAUACAGUGUUGCCCACAUUCGAACAAUACACAUCCACAGUGCUUUCCAGUACUUUUGCCUCAAGACGAUCCCUUUUACUCGAAAUAUAACGAAGAUUGCUUGAACUUUGUCCGUUCAGCACCUUGUCCACUGUGCACUUUAGGUCCGCGUCAGCAGAUGGAUCAGCUGACUUCUUUCGUAGAUGCUUCAACAGUCUACGGAAACCAAGAAAACGAGACUGAAUCACUGAGGUCCUUUCGAGAUGGUAAAUUGAUAGUUACGAAAGUUCCUCACACUGGUGAUUUGCUACCUCAGACUGCUGAUGCAAAGAAAGAUGAAUGCAGCGUUCCACAGAGAAAUCUGUUUUGCUUCCGUGCAGGUGAUGCUAGAGUAAAUCAACAUCCAGCUCUGACCUCACUUCACACAAUCUGGAUGAGGCAACACAACAGAAUUUGUGAUGGACUCAAACAUGUGAAUCCCCACUGGGACGACGAAACAAUUUUCUGGGAAGCCAGGCGAAUUCUGGCAGCCCAGCUACAGAUGGUCGUUUUUGGAGAAUAUCUCCCCGUUGUUUUAGGCUCUCAUUACAUGGAUUUCUACAGCCUUUGGGUGCUUGAGUCCGGUUUCACUCAAUACAACUCUAAAAUGGAACCAACAAUGAUCAACGAAUUUUCAACAGCAGCUUACAGGUUCGGUCACACGCUCAUUGAUGGAUUGUUUAGUGAAAUUCAGGAGCAUUCCGGUCACAUUUCCGGGAUCAUGUUGAGGAAUUACUUUUUCUUCCCAUUCGAGCUCUAUGAUGGUCAACUGGAUCCCCUUAUGAAAGGAUUGACAUUACAACCUGCGCAGAAAUUUGAUCCUUAUAUGGUUCCUGAUGUUAGAAACUUCUUAUACAGGAGGCGUGGUAACGCCACUGGGUUAGAUUUGGCAGCUUUAAAUAUUCAAAGAGGCAGGGAUCACGGUCUGCAAGGAUACACGAGUUACAUCCAAUACUGUUUUGGCGUGGAAAUAAAGACAUUUGAAGAUCUUGACAGAUUCAUGACACCAGAUCGAAGGAAAAGAUUACAAGACAUCUAUCAGUCUGUCCACGACAUUGAUCUUUUCUCUGGUGGAACAUCAGAAAGUUUGGUUCCUGAUGGUGUUGUUGGUCCUACUUUUGCCUGCAUCAUCGGAAUACAGUAUUACCACUUAAAAUUUGGUGACCGAUAUUACUUUGAGCAUCAUGGAGAGACUGGGUCUUUCUCUUUAGAUCAACUGGAAUCCAUAAAGAAAACUCCGUUUUCCAAGAUUAUUUGUGAAAACACACACAUACAUGAAAUACAGAAAUAUGUGUUUAGGUUUCCGUCUUCAGUCAAUCCAGUAACGCACUGCAAAGAGCUUCCAGACUUGGAUUUCAGCCUAUGGGAUGACUUACACAAGAAGAAAAAGUAA